AUGGCUGCUACGCUGAGCGGGACCUUUACUUCCGCUCCUGACACUCCAUCACCCGUUUUCCCAGAACGUUUAAUCCGCCCCCUGCCGAAACGUCCUAUACGCUCGCGCCUAUCUCCCGAGGCGGCGGAAUCUAUACUAUACCCUCCCGCCCCGCCCACCCCGCCUGCAACUCAGGUCUUCUACGGUUCCUACGCUGGGAAUGGCGAUGUCGUAAAUGAUGCCAAGGUUUACGUGCAACAGAACAACUAUGGACACGAACACAGUCCUGAAGGUGACCAUCGUCACCCGUACGAUGAUGGUGGAGACAGUGGUGAUGAAGACGGUCCUGUGGUUGUUCGUCGGAGCGGGGGAUUUCAUCGAUCGUCCCUCUCCCCUACUGGUGAGACUCGUCAGAAAUUCGUAAAGCAUUUGGAAGACAUUCCGACCAAAACUGCAUCUGGGCUUGAUGGUUAUGAUGCCUUUGAGAAUACGAACAAUAAAAAAAAGAGGAAAAUACCCACGUCUGGGAACCCUGGGAGUCACUCCAAUAUAUCUGCGGAUAUGGUGACUAUGGGUAUUUCCGCCAAUGGCGGAAGUGGAGCGUCUUUGGAUGAUGGAAGCGGGACCGGCUCAUAUUACGGAACGGGGAAUCCGGCUUCUCCUGCGGGGAAUGGCAUAUCAGGCCCCGGGAGAGGGCGUUAUGGACGGAAUGCUGGUCGUGCCGUGAGCGGGAGGACACCCCUUGCAGCCCAAAACCCUAACAGUUGGUUAGGAGGUCGGCCUGGGCCUGGUCGCAAGGAUGUGGCAACUUCACUUGCUCAAGAAUCAAUUGGAAUAAUCUCUGCGGCAAUAGCCAAUGCAGCAGCCCUCUCAUCAUCAGCACCACAGGGACAUGAAAACGCUAGUCUGCUAGAUCAAACAAGGAAGUCAUCGCCGACGAAUACGCAGUUCACCUUCACUUGUGAAUCAGAUUCAUCCAAAGGCAUGGCAUGGCAAACCCAAAACGUCUAUACGAUUCAACAACAACAUCGUGUCGCCAAUCCGCCGCUUUUUACAGCGCCGCCUGGCCAAAAGGGAUUCUCAACACAAGGGACUCAGACAAGCCCGAACAUGGCCUCGCAGCCAAACCACCAAGGCCAGGCACUACCCCAACACCCUUCCCAAAGCGGGCAAAACCCUCCCGCAGCUAGUGGCAAGAAGACACGACGAUCUCCCGCGAGCAUCUAUGCCUUGGCCGCUCGCCAACGUCGGCUCCAACAACAGUAUACAAACCUCCACCACCCCCCUAACAUCGACGAAAUCUGGAUCUGCGAAUUCUGUGAAUAUGAAAGCAUCUUCGGCCACCCUCCCGAGGCACUGAUUAGGCAAUAUGAAAUUAAAGAUCGCAAAGAACGGCGCCGGCUGGCGGAGAAGAGAAGAUUGCUUGAAAAGGCAAAGAUGAAGGGGCGAAAGGGUAAGAAAGCAACAAAAAAUGCUGCUAAAGCCGCAGCGCAGCAGCAGCAGCAACAACAACAACAACAACAACAACAGCAACAACAAUCGACACAUCAUCCACAGGGUGGAUACGAUCGACACCCAUCUGCAGUGGCAGCCGAUCAUCUCGAUCCCACCAGUACUGGCACACUGCAAGGAGACAGCUACGGUGACGACAAUAUCCCUGAGGAAUACGAAGAUCACGCCUCAGUCUCCUCCGCACCUCGCGCACAGCCCGCAGCCCACCAUAGCGCCCCCGCCAAGCAACCCGCACCAGCCAGCAACCAUCCCAAAGUCGCUGCAGGGACACCUUCUGCGACCAAAGGCGUGGCUGACGAUGGGACUGGGCGGGUUGGAUGA